AUGACCCUGUGGAAGCUCUUCGGAGCCGGCGGACUGCUGAUCGCCGGCCUGAACGGCGCGGCAGCAGAGCCAUAUACACCGAAACACGAAGCCGGACGAUGUGCGAUUCGAGGCCACUGUGGCUCCAAGAGCUUCUUUGGCAAGCAGCUGCCCUGUGUUGACAACGGGCCUGCCGAGGACCCCGACGAGAAGCUGCGACAGCAGAUCGUCGACCUCUGCGGAGAGAAAUGGAAAUCGGGACCUGUCUGCUGCGAUGCUGACCAGGUGAAAGCGCUCGCGUCCGAGCUCGGCACCCCGAACCAGAUCGUGUCCUCCUGCCCGGCCUGCAAGGACAACUUCUUCAACCUUUUCUGCACCUUUACGUGCUCCCCGGAUCAAUCGCUCUUCCUCAAUGUCACAAAGACGAUGGAAAAGAACAAAAAGGAGAUGGUCACCGAGCUGGACCAGCUGAUCUCCGAGGAUUACGGAACGGGCUUCUACGACAGCUGCAAGGAGGUCAAGUUCGGGCCGUCCAACUCCAAGGCCAUGGACUUUAUCGGAGGCGGCGCCAAGAACUACUCGCAGCUGCUCAAGUUCUUGGGAGACGAGAAAAUCAUUGGAUCGCCGUUCCAGAUCAACUUCCCGACCUCAUACACCGAGCCCGACAUGUCGCCCAGGGAGAUGACGCCGAAGAAGUGCAACGACGAGGACCCCAACUACCGCUGUGCAUGCGUCGACUGCCCGUCCGUGUGCCCGGAGCUCCCCGCCGUCAAGAGGCCUGGCGAGUGCUACGUCGGCCUGCUGCCCUGCCUCUCGUUUGCCGCCAUCUUCACCUACAGCAUCCUGCUCUUCUCCGCGAUCGCCGCCGUCGUCGGACACGUUUAUUGGAGGCGCCGUGCCAGGAGAGAGAGUGAACGCCUGAGACUUCUGCAAGAUGCCUCUCCUAGCGACGACGAAGACGAGGGCGACUUGGUCCAAAACGGUGCCAUGUUUGACCGACCCCAGCGCUACUACAAGAUCAACACGUGGUGCGACGCGGCCUUCAGCAAGCUCGGACAUGCGGCGGCAAGAUAUCCCGGCAUCACUAUUGGUGUGUCGCUGAUCUUCGUCAUCAUCUUCAGUGCUGGCUGGGUCCGAUUUGACCUUGAAAAGGACCCUGCACGUCUCUGGGUCAGCCCGACCUCCCCUGCCGCGCAGGAGAAGGCGUUCUUUGAUGAAAAGUUUGGCCCCUUCUACCGCGCCGAGAAGGUAUUCCUGGUCAACGAUCGGGACGGCCCGGCUCCCGUCCUCAGCUACGACACGCUGAUCUGGUGGAUGGACGUCGAGAAGAGCGUCAAGCAGCUGAAGGGUGCCAAGUACGGCGCCACGCUCAACGACAUUUGCUUGAAGCCCACCGGCUCUGCGUGUGUCGUCCAGUCUGUCGCCGCCUACUUUGAGAAUGAGCCGGCGCUUGUAGGCCGUGACUCCUGGCAAGACCAACUCAGACAGUGCGCCAAGUCUCCCGUCGAGUGCCGCCCUGACUUUGGUCAGCCAAUCGAGCCGAACAUGAUUCUUGGAGGCUACGACGAGGAUCCUGCCAAGGCCACCGCCAUCACGGUCAAUUGGGUUGUCAGCAACGCAGCCGAGGGAAGCCCUGCUGUCGAGCGCGCUAUGGACUGGGAGAACGCUCUCCGAGACCGUCUUCUCAUCGCCCAAGAAGAAGCCAAGGAGCGGGGACUUCGCCUGUCCUUCUCUACGGAGGUCAGCUUGGAGCAGGAGCUCAACAAGUCCACCAACACCGAUGCCAAGAUCGUCAUCAUCAGCUAUAUCAUCAUGUUCCUCUACGCUUCUCUCGCGCUUGGAUCUACUACUCUAUCCGUCAAAGACUUGAUGAGAAACCCCGCGGUCGCGCUGGUGCAGUCCAAGUUCAGCCUCGGUGUCGUUGGCAUUCUCAUCGUGCUCAUGUCCAUCAGCGCAUCGAUCGGUCUCUUCUCCUGGGCUGGUCUGAAGGCCACCCUCAUCAUUGCCGAGGUCAUCCCGUUCAUCGUCCUCGCCGUGGGCGUCGACAACAUCUUUUUGAUUGUCCACGAGUUUGAGCGAGUCAACGUCAGCCACCCCGACGAGAUGGUUGAGGAGAGAAUCGCCAAAGCACUCGGCCGCAUGGGCCCGUCCAUUCUCUUCUCCGCCCUGACCGAGACCGUUGCUUUCGCUCUCGGAACAUUCGUCGGCAUGCCCGCUGUCCGCAACUUUGCCGCUUACGCCGCUGGUGCCGUCUUCAUCAAUGCCAUCCUGCAGAUCACUCUGUUCGUGUCCGUCCUGGCCAUGAACCAGAUCCGCGUCGAGGACCACCGCGCCGACUGCAUCCCCUGCCUCCAGGUCAAGGCUGCCCGUGUCCACCUCAGCGGCAGCAACGGAAACGCCAAUGCCAGAUUCUACGAGGUGCCCGAAGAGAGCCUGCUCCAGCAGUUCAUCCGCCGCACGUAUGCUCCGGCGAUCCUCACUCGACAGGCCAAGGCUGCCAUCAUCGCCGUCUUCCUCGGUAUCUUCGCCGCCGGCAUUGCCUUAAUCCCUGAAGUCAAGCUUGGUCUCGACCAGCGUGUCGCCAUCCCCGACGGAUCCUACCUUAUUCCGUACUUCAACGACCUGUACGAGUACAUGGAAACGGGCCCUCCUGUCUACUUUGUCACCCGGGAGUUCAACGCCACCGAGCGCAGCCAGCAGCGGGAAAUUUGCGCCAGAUUCACCACCUGCGACCAGUUCUCCCUGACCAACAUCCUCGAGGGUGAGCGCAAGAGACCCGAGGUCUCCUUCAUCUCUUCGCCCACGGCCAGCUGGAUCGAUGACUACUUCCUCUGGUUGAACCCUGACCUCGGCGACUCGUGCUGCGUUGAGAACGGCAAGGCCUGCUUUGCAGACCGCAACCCGCCGUGGAAUAUCACCCUGUCCGGCAUGCCGCAAGACGGCGAGUUUGUCCACUACCUCGAAAAGUUCCUCACGUCUCCCACCAACGACGACUGCCCUCUGGGCGGCCAGGCCUCUUACGGCCAGGCUGUGGUGAUUGACUCCGAGCGGGACACCAUCCCUGCCAGUCACUUCCGAACGAUGCAUACACCUCUGCGCAGCCAAGACGACUUCAUCAACGCCAUGUCGGCCGCUCGCAGAAUUGCAUCUGAUAUCACGCGAUCCACCGGCGUCGACGUCUUCCCUUACAGUCUCUUCUACAUCUUCUUUGACCAGUAUGCCAGCAUCGUCUCGCUGACUGGCGCGCUCCUCGGCUCUGCGGUGGGCAUCAUCUUCAUCAUCUCGGCGAUCAUGCUGGGCUCCCUGCUCACCGCCCUGGUCGUGACGGUCACGGUCUGCAUGACGGUCGUGGACAUUAUUGGUGCCAUGGCGGUCUUUGGCGUGUCGCUCAACGCCGUCUCCCUGGUCAACCUCAUCAUCUGCGUGGGCAUUGGCGUGGAGUUCUGCGCCCACAUCGCCAGGGCCUUCAUGUUCCCGUCCCGCACCGUCAUGGAGCGAGCCAAGAACCGCUUCCGCGGACGUGACGCGCGUGCCUGGACGGCCCUGGUCAACGUCGGCAGCUCCGUCUUCUCGGGCAUCACCGUCACCAAGCUCCUCGGAGUCUGCGUGCUCGCCUUUACGAGAUCCAAGAUCUUUGAGAUCUACUACUUCCGUGUCUGGCUCGCCCUGGUCGUCUUUGCGGGCACCCACGCCCUCAUCUUCCUCCCGGUCGCCCUCAGCUUGUUUGGCGGCGAGGGAUACGUCGACCCCGAGAGCGAGGGCGGCAUCGAGGAGGACCUGGCCAGCCGCAGAUACCGGGCGUUGGUGCCGGAUGAGGACACCGACUCUGACGAUGAUUAUUAG